CCAGAGUCCAGAAUCCAGAAGUCCAAGAGUCCAGUCCCAUCUGUGCUCACUGCUGCAUCGUCUGGUGCGAGCAAAGAAGGCAAAGGCACGGCCACUUCUACCUGAGCUCUCUGUUCUCUCUCUGCUCUCCCUCUCUGGAUGCGUCGUGGGCUCUGUUGUCUGUUGUCUGCUGACUGAGGAGGUGUUUGCUUGUUGUCUGCAUCGUUGUAGGUACCUUCCCUGCUGCCUACUACCAGACGACGGGACUUUCUUUUCGAGUACCUUUACUUCGUGCACGCAUAUUACAAUAUACCUCUUAUUUUUUCCCUUUCCCCUGCUGCUGGCACCUUACCUCGCAAACCCACCACUACCACCACCUAACCUGCGCGCCACCAGCAAAGAAGCGACGGGGACACUCUCUUUCUUUGCAGCGCAGCGGCGUGCCCAGCACCAAAGAAGCAGAGCAGCCAGAACGGCGCCAGCGACCUGAACCCGAACGAACUAUUCCCAACCUCACCUUCCCUCCUCUUCCUCCUCUUCCCAUCUUCUCCUCCUCUUCCCACCGUUUCUUCCCUCCCUCUCCAUCGCUCUCCGCAUCCUGUGCUCUUCUUUCUUCCAUCUUCAUUAUUGUCCUGCCUACCCCCCGAGCGACCCCGCGAGCCGAUCUCAUCGCUCGUUCGCUCCCGGCCUUAAGUUCUCAACGCUCCUUACUCGAUUUCCAACCCUCAGCGUCGCGUGCGACGACUUUCGUUUUGCGACACCUUGCGAGCAAGCCCGCUUGCUGUUGCUCCGCCUUCUUUUCAAACCCAACUCUGUUCGUCUUCGCCUCGCUCGGAACUGCGAUCCUCACAGUCUGCCUGCCCGCCCGCACCUCCUCAUAGGCUAAUCGGCUCCGACUCGCGCGCAGCAUAACUCACGAUAACAUUCGCGCAAACCCUCAAAUUCACAGCCUUCGUCGCUCCCGACACUAGCUGUUGCCAAUCGAAUUUCCUACUUCAUUUUCCGCGCAGCGAGUGCGGUCGACGGUCCUACUGAGCACUUGGCUUGCUUGGUGGCACACGACGCCGCAGGAUCCGCGAAUCGGGUGCCUGUCAUCCUUACGCUGGCUCCUCCACGAUUGCGAUAAUCUCAGAAUGACCACACUCUUGUCCCAGAGCUCCUCGCCCGCGACAUCCCCACCUGCAGCUGCUUCUCCCUCCACCAACCCGAAUCACCCCUCACUACCGCCACUAAUAACAUCACCGCCCAGCCGUCGCUCGACCGCACCGAGACCAAUGUCGCACGCUUCCAAAAAUCGCCUGUCACAAUACUCGACGGGCUCAGUCCCCUCGCGUUCGCGACCGCCUUCUCACAUAUUUCCAAUGUUUCCCUCGAGUCUCUCCUACACCCUGGUGCGCGAUUUCGCAUAUCCAAUUAUGCAUCCCAUGCACUAUGGUCCCCCGCCAGAGCCGUCGCAUCCUGCUUCUGGCCUCAGCACUCCCCUCAGCGAGUCUCGUCGUCUAUCCGAUCCUCCCGCUGCCUGGGAAACGAAAAUGACCUGGAACACUGGCUCCUGGGGCCCAGAGGGCUUCGGCAAGGCCCACGACCUGCCACCCAUGGAAUUCCGGGAUGGCCCACCCUGGAGUGAGGAUGAGGAUUUGGCGAGCCCUGUCGUCAGCUCCAGGCACCGAAAGCACAAAUCUUCCGCCGCAGCCCUUGGCGGCACCGCAGCCGCAGGGUUGAGAAACUCUCGCGACGCGGGCAACGAUAUGCUGCACCCAGCACACUACGAACAACGGGAACGCGGUUACUACGUCGGAACCAGCGGCGAUGGCAGCGAACGAUACUACCUCAACCAAGGAGGUGAAGCGAAUGGACCCGGCGGAGAAUAUGUCACCUAUCCUCCCGGCGAUGCACGGCAUUCUAGCCACGCAUAUCAGCUAGGUGACCUGCCCCCGCGGCAGUACGCCGAGCAGGAGACAUACUCGGAUGCUUCAAGCUCCGCAUCCUCUCCAGGCUUCCGCGGUGAUGACCAGUCACGGUAUUCUCGAGACUACCAGUUUACCAUCACGUCGCCCGACGAAGAAAUGCACGGCAAAGCCGUUGCGCUUUUUGACUUUGAAAGAGAGAACGAAAACGAAUUGCCAUUACUGGAAGGUCAAAUCAUAUGGGUUUCCUAUCGCCACGGCCAAGGCUGGCUAGUAGCCGAAGACCCGAAAACUCAGGAAAGCGGACUCGUCCCUGAGGAAUACGUUCGUCUGCUGCGAGAUAUUGAAGGCGGAAUGAACAGUCUGACCGGUAAUCUUGGCGAGGGCUCUACGUCCCCCAACGAUGUCGGAACACCGACGCAAGCAGAGCACCACCCACAAGGUCAUACACCGACCGGAAGCCAGUCCUCUUCCAACGGGUACCACCAGCCCGUGGUCUCGACGUUCUCUACGUCCAGCAAGGACUUGGACCCGUACCCUACACAGCAGCUUGGUCUUCAAUCCGGCCAGCCUCCUCCGCAAGUGGUGCAUUACCACGGCCAAAGAGGUGGCAGCCAGGCCAACACUCCAACUCUAGCUUCGCACCAGGAUAUCGGCAUGAUGCGCCGAGGCAGUCAGGACACUGGGGCGAAGAAGACGGAUUCCCAAGUGAGCCCCUUGACGGAGGCGAUCACAGAGAGCAAGCUAGUCGACCGAUCUAGCACACCGAAAGCAACAAACCCCACCGAGAAACCCGCAGACCCCGACGCCAUGGACACUGAGCGGUGAUGAGAGACGAUCAAGAAGCAUUCACUUGUGGGUCUGGACUUCUUGCUUGGCAGGUUCUCUUCUCAUCUGGGGACCUGUCACGAAUCAUGUACUAUGAGGAACGUUAGGGAGGAGCGUUUCUGGUUUCGGUUUGACGAUCAAGAGGCGUACAGUUGUUAUUUUUCGGGAGACAUAAAGAGAGAAGAGCCCCUGGUCGGUCGCUUUCAGCAUGUAGCUUGGAUGAUGGAAAACUUUAUGAUCAAGGGCCCCGGUGGAUGGACGCAUCAAUGUUGAAAAACGAGGAUGAAGGACGGCAUGCUUCGACAUCGGAUGCCCGGGACUACGUCAGAUCCCCUUUAAAGAUGGGGUGGAGUUUACCGUAUUUUUAAGUCCACGGCGAUUGAAGCUGUUGGCUUGUAUAUAAUAAUCGGGGUGAUGCCCUGUUUUCUCCUCUUGGGGAAUGUCAAGAAACGUUUCUUUAACAUGAUGUUUCUAGCCGAUUGCCUUUGUGGAUUCAUUU